CUCAGUUGUUAAUGAAUUGAAGCUGAAAAGCAAGUUGAAGGAUGAAGUUGUCAGUUAAAAAGCAAAGUAAGGAAUUGUUGCGGCUUCUGAUCAUUUAGGAAGUAGAGAGAGCACUUUUCAAAUCAAAUGGAACAUAAUCUAAAAUCGCAUGCAUCUUCUGGCUGUCACUCCAGCCCCCACGGAUCCUCCUCCCCAUCAAUGGAUGGCUGCUUGAGCACAAAGCCAGGGCUCUUUCAGGCCAAAGAGCCUUGGCACAGUGAAGCCACUUCCACCCCUACUGAAUAUACCGAAGAUCUUCUCGUGAUGAAACUCAGACACAAUUGUCACUAUAGAAACCGCAGUAGAGAUGGAGAUACAGUUUCAAAAGGAAAAUGCUGCCCGGACCUGGGAGACAGAUCACCCGCCUUCACUUCACUUCACCAUAAGUCGCAAGCUGCGGCUCUUCUCAGCCCACUUCCACAGCAAACUUUCAGUCUUUUUCAAGAGGAACUUGAUUUAAAUCUGUGCAUUGCCAAGGGCAAGGAGCCAAGAACAUGGAUAGAGAGAAGUUUCAGCAGAAGGCUCUGAAGCAAACUAAGCAGAAGAAAUCCAAGUCGGCUGAAUUUCUGAUGGUUAAAGAAGAUAGAGAAGCUACGGAAGGCAUUGGAAAUCCAGCUUUUAACAUGAGCAGCCCAGAUCUCUCAGCAUAUCAGCCUUCAGAAAAGAAAGUUAUUAGACAUGACAUGCUGGAUCGCAUCCUUGCAGCUCGCCAACAAAAAUUCAGGCUGCUAGCCUCUGCUGAACCAAAAGGAAAUGAAUACAGCAGAAAUUACUUUGACCCACUGAUGGAUGAGGAAAUAAACCCAAGGCAGUGUGGGAUGGAGGUCAGCAGAGAGGUUGAUAAUAGAAUUCUCUAUGAUCGGUUAAUGAAGCUGUUUGAUGAGAAUGCACGAAGAGAACCCCCAGAUGACAGCGUGGAGCAGGAGACCUUGGGUUCUGAAGAGCCGAUGAGGUCCAGUAGGAGUCCAGAACUCCACAAAGAGGAUGGUGAAGCCGCCUCUGCUUCCAGCGAGGACUUUGAAAGACAUGCUCAGAAAGACGUAAUUCUGCCUGGAAGUUCUUCAUCAGAACAGGAUUUGAAAUUUGAAGGGGAAGGACUCAGUCAAUACAUUCCUAUGUCAUGUUUGAAGACUGACAAAACAUUUGAGAAAGCUCCCCAUCGACCAUUAAUUGCUGACCUAAAUGUUUGUGAAGAAGACAGCGUAGCCAAGCUCUGUACCCUCACAGAAGGAACUCAUGAAUCAAAGAAAGCAGCAGGACCACGCUGGAAGGUUGAGCAGUCUCAGUCACCUCAGCCUCUUCAAAUGCAGAUGAAAUGCAUAAGGGGCCUCAAGAACAAGGCUCCCCAAGGCGCCUACCUCCUCCAAGUGUCCCUGCUUGAGAGACCAGGAGGCUCCGUCUUGCAGUGGGGGCAAAUGGAGCAGCUGAAGACCAGAACACACCCGGUGAGGCAUGAUGGAAACUUUUAUGACAUGGGGCUGUAUUUCCACGAGAGUCUUUAUGUGGGACUCCCUCCUAAGACAGAUGUGAAACCUGGCAUGGCUUUCUUGUUUGAACUCUUUCUCCUUCGUGGGAAAUAUGCGUAUCUCGACCAAGUUGUGGGCUGGGCAGCCUUCCCUUUGUGUGAUAACAACUUUGAUGUAUUGGAGGGGAAAUUCAAGUGUCCUCUUCUCCGAGGACAUUAUGACCAGAAAUUGGACACUUUCAGGAAAAUUGAAGAUUUGAUUUGCCUGGACUUGGACCACUGGCUGUGCAAUCUCUAUUUUCAGGUAAUUAAACUUCCUCUGUGUUUGGAUGAUCAAAAAAUCCAUGUAAGACAUAUUCAGCUUCCCGCUGAAUUGCCAGUUCAUUUAAUGGCUAAAGCAGAGAAAACAGAAUCAGGUGUGAAUAAUACAGGUGGCCUUUCAGAAAAAGAAACAGAGAAAAACUUUUGUGCAUCAAUGGAUGAUGAAGCUAAAUCCUCAUUACACUCUUCUCAGGGAAACAUUUCUAAUAAAAUUGGUCCCUGCCCUACGGACUGUGAUCUCAGUCUCUCAAAAGAAGAUCAGGAAUUACACGAUAAGAGAGAAAGCCAGACUGACCAUUCUAUGAAGGAAAAAUCAAGUGCUUGGAGAACUAGAGAAACUGAAGAUUAUUCAGAGGAUGUAUCUUACUUGGAGGAACUGGAGAAACACAGAUUUUCAGUUUGCUGUUCUUCAGUUGCUUAUAGUCGCGGAUCUGGAGAAUUCUUCAAGCAUCUCCAUUUUGUGCUGGCAUCAGUGUAUUCAGAACUUCAAUUAGCUCAAUGGCGAAGCCAGGGCUUCUGGUACAUUAUUCUGCUGGUGGCUUCUCUCUGGUUCCUGAGGCUCUACCUGCAUUACCUUAGCCAGUGGCUUUUCCUCCAGGCCACUUCAACUCCUGUUACAAAAUUCCAUUUUUCCCCUUUCACGGUUGAGCUUUGCUACUCAACUUCUUCACUUGACAUUGGAGAAGAAUUGCUUGUGGUUGUGGUGGGGCCUUUAAUGUUGAACACAAUGAUACUUCCUUUGGUUCUGAUCAGAUGGGGCUGUCAGCUACUGUUUGCCUCCUGCCCUGAUGUCUUGUCAAAGUUAAUCAUUACCAUGGGACUAUGGACAGUUCUGGACCCAUUGGCGGUGUUCAUAGUGGAUACUGUCCUGGGGCGGCUUACACACAAUGGGGAGAGUCCUGUAGCUGAUGCAGCAAAGUUGUACUGGGCGUUUGUAAGAAGCAUGCAAUCAGGCAUUCUCGGCGUCACGCUCACGGUGCUGCUUUACAUCCUCCUCGUCAUCAUUUCUUCUUUGAUUUUAUAUUUGUAUUGUCUCAGAUUACACAAUGAUUCUUGGAUAGUAGAUGCAUUUCAGCGUAUCCACAGUGAAGAAACCAAGUUCUUUGUACCAUAUGAUGCGGAGAUUUCCAAUCAGGAGCUAAGUUAUAUAGUGAAAAGAUCUGAGCAAUGGAGAGGAAUCAGUGGUGAAAGAAGAAAGGUGGCAGUGUACGAUUAUAUCUGGAAAAGCCAUGGCAUCAAGUCCAGCAUCUCCAGCUGUGACCUCCAACAUCUAAAUGAAAUUUCUGAGUCUGCACUUGGUCCAGGAGAUAUUACUUCUCAUGUGUCUAUAUACAACGUUUAUCCCAGUGGGUUCCAAGAGCUUUACCGCCAUUUUCUCAGACUGCCCGAUGGUGCUAUUGUUGAGGUUUUUGGUGAUAUCAGCAGCUUGAAGUUUAUCCCCAGUGAACUGGUCGCAGCUAUCCAGGAGCAUGUAAGUGAAAUGGACGGUACACUGGAAGACUCCUUUGAUAUUAAAUCAAGAGAAAUGAAAAGAACCCAUUGAAAUAAACAGGAAUUGGUGGCUCCAAUGGAAGGAUGAGGAUAAAUUAAAAAAACAAUAUUUUCUGGCCCCUGAAGGAUGCCCAUGGCCGUAGCACAUUUCCUAAUCUAAGGAGUCUCCUGCUACAUUAGUGCAAAGCAUGAGUUGUUCAGUAUUUUAAAGUGCUAGUCUAUAGAGUGUUUUGUUACUUUUGUUGUGUUAUAUUUGUUUUCCUUGCCGUUGAACUUAUCUACUGAGCAUUAAGUAUAAAGUAACUGAUUCAACAUAUGAGUUAGUCUAAGACUUUCUCGACAUUAGAUAGACAUACAUAUGUGUAUAUAAGUAUGGUGGGUAGAGGUUUGCUAACACGAUUUUUCAAGAGUUCUCUCUUUUUGUUGAAAAGGACCUUUCUAAUGUUCCUGGGCUCAGCGCUGUAACUCAGUCCAAAAUUGAAAUAAGAUUUUGGUAUUGUCUCACUUCUGAAGUAAAUACCACAUUUGCAUUGGCAUUGAAAUGACCUAUUUAUUUAGAUUUUUUUGGAUGUACAUGUAUGGUGAGGUUCUUAAGAGAAAAAUAGAAAAAGAAAAAAUGAACUUUUUAUCCUUACAAUCAAUUCCUCUCAUUUUAUAUGGCCCUAUUAUAGCACUUCUGCAAAUAAUAAUUCCACAGGUAAGGAGAGACGGGGUGGUCUUUGUAAACAAAUGCUUCUAACAGAGUUCUAACACGAGUCCCCAGUAUAAUAUCCCCUUAUCAGUGUACACAUAUUUAUACACAGUUAUUUCAAAAUUCAAGAUAUAUAUUUAUAUAUUCACUGUGUAUUCAAUCAUUAGUUUUUCUCAGUAUAAUGAGGAUAAUUUAUAAUGCUAAUAAUUAUUUUUC